AUGUCUGGAGGAACUCUGAACUUAUCGCUCCUGAGCCGAGGAGUUGGAGAGGUUCAUACAAACGGACACGAAAAAGUCGAUGUCUACCUGGAGCCAGAAGAUUACUUGAACUUCUCCACUCAAGAUGAUCAGUACUGUCCCUCGUCACUUCAGCCAAAUUAUUCAGCAUCCAUCAUCGACAGUCAGACAACUCAUCGCACAAAGACGGUUCAGAAGUUGCGAGUUCCGAAGACAUACAGUACAAGAAAGGGAGCCUUGCUUCUGUUCUCUGAAGACUUGGCUCAGAGAUACACAGAUGCUGACCAGCUAGGAGCAAAUAACUCUCAGAAGAACUUACAUUCUCAGAUAUGCUUAAAGACUGUUGAAGAUCUGGCAAAUUCUAUUUUAAAAUAUGGAGGCCAGGGACACCUGAGUGAGAGAAUUUACCUCAAGUUUGUACAUGCUCACAGAGGAACCUUUGAGCGACAAUUUCGACCUGGGUUUUCUGCUAAACGUUACCUGUCCACGUGGGCGCGAACUUGGGACGAUGCUGUUUUUGAAAAUGUUAUAAAACAUGGUUACCUCACAGAGAAGUCCCUGUACAGCCUCUCACUGCCUGGGCUUAGACGAAAGUUGGUCUACGAUGAUCUCUCCCGCAUGCCAGAGCCUUACAAGUUAAUGAAGAACAUGCUGAUGUUCCCUGGCAGCCUGUCAGGGUACACUUUCUAUAGUACGCCGACUCAAGAAUUUGAAAAUGAGAAUGGUGAACCUUUAGACAGAAACCUUAAACUUCCAAAAUCUGAUAAACUGCAAAAUAUUCAUGUCAUCAAGACCAAGGACAAAGUUCAGAGAGAGGUCAUGUAUGCUGACCUUGACCGCCUGUCCCAGCAAGAGGUCAUCACCGAUUUGUUGGUGAAAAGUGCUGUACAUUACGCACUGAAGAAACAAGAGGAGGUGUACAAAGACUCAGUGGUUAAGGCAUUGAGGAGACAACAGGAUGGCCCUAGUGGAGAGGAGAGUGAAGAUGACAGUGUGACAUCUUCUAUUCAGAAGUUUGACAUGAAGGAGGCUGUGGAGUCCUUGCUGGAGUCUCAACAUGGCGGGCUGACGUUCGGCGGGAACUUCUCAGGUGGAGACGAUCCCAGUCACAACACGGACGAUGGCGGUUCUUUGAGAGGCGGGGCUGUUUCUACACAAACCAGAAGGCAUAAAGCCGCUGCUAUCUGGACAAACAGAAGGGACAGUUCAGAGUCUGGAACUAGCUUGUCCAAAGUGCCUGUUCUGCCUCCAAUACAUCACACACUGUCUUCAAUCAAGGAUUUGAGGAGGGAUGUGUCUCAGCACAGUGUCUCAUUACCUCCACUGGUGCAAGGUACAGCCUGUAGAGAGUUGCCCCAGGUCAGCAUUCAGGUUGCCACCCCUCGGCACUCAAAUUCAAGGGGGGGUGCCAGUUCAGCACUAGCUCCAGAAACUAGCCAGACAAUAGCAACUACAGGCCUCACUUUACCCGACAUUAAAGCUCUGUCAGAUCUGCUAGAGGAUGACACUGGAGAAGAAUGUUCAUGCUGGAAAAGUCAGGACAUCACCAAUGCAACCUCUAAUGGUUCUGACAAGGACAAAGACAAGAUGAUUGCUGGAAUUGUUGGUCACAGCAAUGGUCAGUCGGAAACUGUUGAAAUAGAAACCAGGUCACAGGGUCGCCGGAAGUCUGAUGUCUGGGUAAAGGCAGGUGAAAGUCAGGCUGUCUCCACGAAAGGCAGCAGAAUUAUGGCUCCUGAUGGGGAAAUUAUCAGUGUAGGUGGCGCUAUUCUCCGUGGCAGUGGACAAGAUCUAGAUGUUGGGGCCUUGGGUGAUGGGCAUAGGCAGCAGGAGAGUACAGACACCAGCAGUGUCAAAGUCAUCAUGAAUGGUGUCAAGGUUUGUGAGCCGGCUGAGAACCAGAAAGAAAAGAAGAAAUCAAAAAUUCUACCCAGAAUCAAACGAAACAAGAACACUUUAAGAACAGUUUCAGAUUCUGGGCCAGAAGUGGGUCAUGUCACAGAACAUGCCAUUGUGGACAUGUUGACCAGUCAUGCCAGGUUGGUCGCUGAAAACAUCCUCAGUCAGCCCUCUGCUGGCGUCGACUUGGAAACAGAUGUUAAGGAUGUGAUUGAUGAGGUGAUGCGGAGCAGGUCCACAAGUAGUGAGUCUUCCUCUGCUGACGAGUACAAGUCUCGCAUCAGGAAAUCUCUGACAAUAGCAGUGACCAAAAUUGCUGGCCUUGACCCGGGUUCUGUGUCUGACGAUGCAGAAAUUAGUGUGGAAUUGCUGGAUGCUUUAGUCAGCCAACGGAUGGGCCCAGACCAGAUUGAAGUUGUUACAGACAGUGCUGGCCACACCAGGAUACAGCCAAAGGCGGAGGUGUUGGAAGUCUUCACGGAGCCUCACAUGAAGCAUCCCGACUUGUCUUAUCAACAGGACACUGAGAUCCAAACUCGAGACUACAGUCCUGUUCUGCAUGAGCACCAGAUACCUACAGAAGAUGUUAGUGUAGAUCAAGUUACAGAAGCAAGUGACUCCCAGCUCAGACAGUCAAAGGAAACAAAACAACCUGAACCAGAAAAUUUGCCAGGACAAGAAGAUACACAAAAUUAUCCGGGCCACAAAUUGACACCUUUGGUGGUCAAAAAAGGCAGAAAGGUGACUCCAAGUGCAUCAGGGAAUGUGGCCAGGGACAAGAAAGUAGGCGGUAACAAGUCCAAGCAUGUCCAGGGAGCAUCACCAAAAAGUCAGACCUCCAAAAAUAUCAAGAGCAAAGACAUGUUGGCUGACAUCAAGGAGGAACCAUUUGUUGUAGGAAUGCCUAAAGAGAAGACAGCAAGCAGCAAGCCACUGGAACCCAUCUACUCACAUAAAGAAGUAAAGAAAGUGACAAAAGCAAAGAAAGGAGUGAAAGGAAAAAAGAAGACUGUGAAACAAAGCCAGCAGCACGCAGUAGUUCACAAACAACCUGUGGAGACGGCAGUAGUUGACAGCCCACAGGAAGUGCAAGAAAUGCAGAGACAGGUGUCGCCCACGAUGGCGCAUGAGGCUGAAGAGUCCGGGAUGUCGUCACCGGAAAUAAUGUCGUCACCGGAAAUAAUGUCCGAUGAUUCAGAAUCCGACUACAAUUUUGUACGGGAACAGUCGAGUCCCGAACCAGAAGUUCCCGGGGAGCAGAGAACCGAGGGACAGCCUCAGCCUGGAGAUCAGGUGCCAUCUCCAGAUAAAGAUGAUGAUAAACUGGACAUGGAAGAUGAGAGUGAUGACGAGACAUCCAAGCUGAGGUCUAUCACCAACAGACAGGCCAGGGCUGCAAGAAGAGCUGCCGCAGCUGCUAAACGCAGGGAGGAGGUCGAACACCGGCGGAAGCUGAAAGAGGAGCAACUUAAAAGGGAGAAAGAAGAAACUGAAAGACAGAUUGCUUUACAGAAGGAAAUGGAAGAGCAGAGGAAGAAAGGAGAAGAGGAAAGAAGAUUACGAAAACAGCAGGAGUUGGAGGAGGUGGAAAAAGAGAGAAUGGCUUCAGAAGAAGCAGACAAAAGACGCACCUUAGAGGCUGAGAGAGAGAGAAGAGCCAAAGAGGAAUACUUGAGAAAACUUCAGGAAAUCAAACGGAAGCAACAGGAGGAGGAGCUAAGAAAGCGUGAGCUGAUGUUGCAGCAGCAGAAAGAAGAGGAAGCGAGAAAGGCAGAGGAAGAACUGAUGUUGUCUAAAAUGGCAUUACAAGAAAGGCUGGAGUAUGAACGAAUGAAGAAGGAAAAAGAGGAAGAAAAGCAGAAGAAAGAACUUGAGGAAAAAUUGCAGAGAGUGGAAGACGCUAAAGCAGCCAUGGAAGAAGCUCAGCGAUUGGCUGAAGAGAUGGCCAGGAAACAAGCAGAAUUGGAGGCUAGAUUGCGGUUCAACAGAUCCAUACAGGACGAAACAUCCAGACUAGCGCAGUCUCAUUCUAUCAACCGAGCAUUUGUCUUCUCCUACUUCGAGCUGCUUCAGUGGCUUGGCCUGGACAUUCCGGAAUUUGAACUAGCCAAACUGGCAGAGUACUGA